UUUUUCAAUAUUUCUAAAGUAGUCUAAUAUCAGUCUGCUAAUCGUGCUGAUGAUGACUUCUACAAAAUUAAUUGCUACAUAAUUUCCCGCCGCAGUGAUGCAAAUUCAUUUCACACAUUAGAUGUUUAUGUUAUUUAGUCGAACAAAACUUUAACCCAAACGUGAGUUAUUUUUUAUUUAUAAAGAACCAUAAGUCUGUUUCUACAGUUUCCAUGGAUAGCGUUUAUUAAAUAUUAAAGCAUUUGGUGUCAAAUUGACACCCUCGUGUCACACGAAGCUAUUUAUCUGAAGAUCAGCAUAGACCUUUAAUGUAAUAGCCAUGCACUUCACCUGUGCCCGACACCCCAAACAAACGUAGUGGCCUAUAAUGUAGAAUGUUUAACCGAAGAAUGGAGCGCCGCGCAUCACUUGAAUCACGUGAAGAGAACGGAGGAACACAGAGGAGAGUGAGAUUCCGCGUGGCAUCAGCUCGCAGCGGUCGCGUGCUACAGGAGGUGUUCAGCGAGUUUGAUGCGCACGAGCACGAGGACUCUGCUGAUACAGACACAAGUGUGAGCUCAGAACCCGAGCGGGCCAGCUCACCCGCAAUCAGCGAGGUAAACAGCCAUCUGAGCGGACUCGAACCGGACGACAGCGGUGGCGAGCAGGACGAGCUGCUCAUGUACGCCAGUGCUACAAAAGACAAGCUGUUCACCGGUAAACGCGUGAAAAUUUUCAGUAAGAACGGAACUAUACGGGGCGUCAGAGACAAAGUGAGCGCGGGACAGGUGUUGUUUAACAACCUGUCCAAAAUGUAUGCGGUAAGUAAAAGGACUCCCUUAUUUUAAACCGGCCUAAAAGACAUUGAGAGUUUGCCUAUAAACAGCUUCUGAAUGGCCUGCAGCAGAACACAAAGUACUGCACUCCAGAUGGAUGUUUAACAGGAUUCAGUGAUGGACAUUGGCCAAUGAUUUUCCCUUUAAGAGAUUUUGUGUAUAUUUUAGUUCUGUAAAUAUAUUUUAUAUGAGGUUUUGCAAAAGUCAGCAUUUGAUUGUUUGUAAUAUUAUCUCUUUGUGAUAAAAUUUUCUGUAGUUCACCAUAAAACCUAACAGUUAACUCAAACCAUUUAAGUAAACCGGUUGCAUUAGACCAUUAAAGUUUUAAAACACAUAAAUUUAAGUACUGUGAACUUGAGUCGUGUGCAAUUAUGCACUUAUAUUUAAGUAGUGUGAACUUAAAUAUAAGUGCAUAACUGCAUAUGAGUCAAUUUGUUUAUGUUCACAGUACUCAAAUGUAUGUGUUUUAAAACUAAUGCUACCGGUUUACUUAAAUGGUUUGAGUUGAGUUAACUUUUAGGUUUUACAGUGUGUGAUGAAAUUAUUCUUCUGAUUUUAUAGACAGUAAGAUGUUGUAAAAGUUUUAUACAUAGCUCUACAUUUUAAUGAAAUAAAAAUAUUUUUUGUUGUCUGAUUAUAUUUUGUCUCUUAUUUUAAGUAACCCAUAUUUCAAGAGAUCCAGGAGCAAAAACAGUAUUCAAAAGCUCAUAUAACCAGUGCGUGUGGCUGCAUAAAAGCUAUUAAUGAAAUACGUAAAGUCUGUCUGUCUGUAUAUUAAUAUAAAAUUAAUAUUAAAACACAAACAGCUGCUUCCUCCACACACGACUUAAUAAUUAAUAAGAUUGGAUGGUUUGAUAGCUCAGCUUUCUCUGCAUUAUUCAGCUUGAUCCCUGAAAGGGAGUGAGAUCGAGAGUGAAUGCCUAUUAUGAUGUUUUUGCAUGGAGUACAAUGUAUCUUAUAUAGGUGUGUACAUUACUAA